ACAUGAAGAUGCAUUUCUGUUUUUUGUUGCUCCUUGUCGGUUUUUCAGCCGCAUUUAUUCCAAAUUUGCGCUGGAAAGCUGCUAGUGGAGCUUGGUCAUCGCUUAAUCACAAAAUUAUCACUCGAGCUGGGCUAUGGUUAAGCGUCAUUGAAUUUCUGAAAGAAAAUCCCAAGACAAAGACAGACGAGCUCGCCCGGGUCGACACGGCAAGGCUGCUCGAAGGAAAGGUAAGCAACAAGCUAUAUCGUCUGGUGAAGUCGCCAAAAUUCGAAGACGCUGUAAAAGAAAUCGAAAACGCUAAUGCAAAGGUCGACAAGUACGAGCAGGACUUUGCUUCCGCGCAUUUUGAUGCUGAGCAGUUUCGCGCGAGUUGCAUGCGUCUUAUGACUUUCAAGAAAGAAGUUAUUGCUCUUAUUCAAAAGGCUGGCGACGACGAGGUUGACUAUACCGUGGCUAGAAAGACUGCUGGAAAAUUGCUUCAUACAUUGCAAGAUUUUUACAGUCAUUCAAACUGGGUAGAAUCGGGAAGCAUUGAUCCAUUAUCGAUGUUAGGAGAUGAGAUUAUAAGCGAGAGUUAUAUAGCGGGUGCUGACGUUAAAACUUGCCGUGACUGUACCCCAGUAGGGUGGAAACGUCCCUUUGGAAUUGGGGCAGACGAUUGCCAAAAUAACUUAGUGAACACGGGGAAACUAACAAGCGGCUACUACGGUGGGCAAGAUGUGACUAAACCAGUUGGUGUUGGUAAAUGCAGCCAUGGUGGCUUUUUGGAUAAGUCAAGGCAUUCAGAUUCGAAAGGAGGCAUUAACAAGGAUUCUACUCUUCGGUAUUUAUCGCCACAUUACAGACUACAUCAGCCUGCUGCAAGAGUGGCGAUCAAAGCAACAAAAUUAUUCUUUGACAGCAUUCGAAAACAUGUUGGCGACGAAAAUUUUUCAAAGUUCCUAAACAUGAAAGCCCUUAAUACGCUGACGUUUGCCAUUGAUACAACUGGCAGCAUGAGUGAUGAAAUUGCAGGUGUUAAAAAAGCCACUAUCCAGUUUAUUGAAGACGCUGCAGCUGAUGAUCAUCACGAUUUCCGUUACGUUUUAGUACCAUUCAACGACCCAGGUUUUGGUCCAGCAAUAACGACCGAUGAUCCUGAAGUUGCAAAACAAGCCGUAAACUCCCUGACAGCGAACGGUGGUGGCGACUGCCCAGAAAUGGGAAUGAAUGGUCUUUAUUUAGCUGUUCUCAACAGUUUACCCGACUCCGAUAUUUAUUACUUCAGUGAUGCAUCCGCGAAAGAUGCCUAUUUGGUACAUGCUGUGAUAUCAGUCUCGUUGCUUAAACAAUGCAGGAUUUAUCUUUUUAUCAAUAGCUAUUGCAGCAGCCGCAGACGAAGAAGCUUGUCAGCACGGGACGUCUAUAAGCAACUAGCCAGCCAAACUGGUGGACAACUCAUACAGUAUUCGAAGUCUAACAUCGAUGAAGCUAUCAAGCUGGUUCGUCCCGCAAAUGUAAGCUCUGAAGUGAAGUCGUUGUUACGAGAAGUCACGCUAAUCUCUGUUGAAGCUAAUGCUGUUAGCCUCGUAACAAAACUCUACAACGUUCAUUGUGACUCAAGCAUUGCCUCCAUGACGGCUGUAUUAAGUGCUGCAGGAAAUACCAAUGUUAAAGUUGUCCGGCCUAAAGAUGGCAACGGAACAAUUGAUAUAAUCUCACAGACAUCAACCUUUUAUUCCGUUCGUGUUAUCAUGCCAACACCCGGGGUGUGGAAUUUUACUAUAACAGCAUCUGGUUCAUUCACAUUCAAAGUUACAGCACAAAGCGCUCUGGCUUUUACAACGUCUCUUGAAAAAGAAGAAUACUCUAGCACCUUUGAGAAGAUUCUAGUUCCAGUAACAGGAAACCCAAUUAAAGGAUUAUCGUUAUACGUGACCGUGGAACCGACAGAGAAUGUACUAACUGAGGAUAGAAGCUUCACAGGAUACUUGAUAGAUACGAGAGGAGAUUACUUAGAGAGAUUCGAAUUGCAGAAGGGGGAAGAAUUUUUUGAGGAAUCGUAUUAUGGUUCGUUUCAAGCGAAACACGAUGCAUUUAGGAUAAUGUAUAUUGGUUAUGGUAAAAAUGGAGAAACAAUCCAGCGUGUACAACCUCCAGUGAUCAGACCACAGGAAUUUGAAGUUGAAAUAUCUGUACAAAACAGAAGCUUGAGUUUAACCCCUAACGAAACGACGUCGAUUAUUGUAGUUUUGAAAAACUACGGUCCGAAUAAUACGUUCUCAAUUCAGGUGUCCGAUGAUAAAUCAUUUGUUGUUUCGUAUUCGCCAAAGAUUGUCGCAGUAAGAGGCAAUGAUUCAGUCAAUAUCCAUAUCGAUUUUCUUGCUCCUUCAAAUACCAACGAUAGUACAACAACAUCAGUGUCAGUUUCAGCCUCAAUCCAGUACGGAUUAAGAGCUGAUCUAGCAAAUUUCAUCUCGUUUGAAGUUUCAGUUUUCUCGAAGGAGUUUCGAUUUGUAAAUGAGACUCUCGCCACUUCGAAACAGAACAUAUCAAGUUUGCUAAACGUUCGUCAGGAUGAUGGUGAGAGUACUACCAUGGUUCCGUCGCAUAAGGCUACACCGGGCAAUGUCGGAUCAGCUAACGAUGGAUUUCCAAUGUAUAGGACAAUUUUAAUUGUCGCUUUCAGCAAGUUCUUGCUCGUGUAAGCCGUGUGCAGUGGUAAUUGUUUAUUUUUUGCUAAGAAAUAGAAAAAGUAUAACCAUGACUCGUAACAUUAUAUAACCUUACAAUAUAUUUAA